AUGGUGGAGACUCUCAGGCUGUUAUAUGUGCAUGCCUCCGUCAUGGUGGAGACUCUCAGGCUGUUAUAUGUCCAUGCCUCUGUCAUGGUGGAGACUCUCAGGCUGUUAUAUGUGCAUGCCUCCGUCAUGGUGGAGACUCUCAGGCUGUUAUAUGUGCAUGCCUCCGUCAUGGUGGAGACUCUCAGGCUGUUAUAUGUCCAUGCCUCCGUCAUGGUGGAGACUCUCAGGCUGUUAUAUGUCCAUGCCUCCGUCAUGGUGGAGACUCUCAGGCUGUUAUAUGUGCAUGCCUCCGUCAUGGUGGAGACUCUCAGGCUGUUAUAUGUGCAUGCCUCCGUCAUGGUGGAGACUCUCAGGCUGUUAUAUGUCCAUGCCUCCGUCAUGGUGGAGACUCUCAGGCUGUUAUAUGUGCAUGCCUCCGUCAUGGUGGAGACUCUCAGGCUGUUAUAUGUGCAUGCCUCCGUCAUGGUGGAGACUCUCAGGCUGUUAUAUGUGCAUGCCUCCGUCAUGGUGGAGACUCUCAGGCUGUUAUAUGUGCAUGCCUCCGUCAUGGUGGAGACUCUCAGGCUGUUAUAUGUCCAUGCCUCCGUCAUGGUGGAGACUCUCAGGCUGUUAUAUGUGCAUGCCUCCGUCAUGGUGGAGACUCUCAGGCUGUUAUAUGUGCAUGCCUCCGUCAUGGUGGAGACUCUCAGGCUGUUAUAUGUGCAUGCCUCCGUCAUGGUGGAGACUCUCAGGCUGUUAUAUGUGCAUGCCUCCGUCAUGGUGGAGACUCUCAGGCUGUUAUAUGUGCAUGCCUCCGUCAUGGUGGAGACUCUCAGGCUGUUAUAUGUGCAUGCCUCCGUCAUGGUGGAGACUCUCAGGCUGUUAUAUGUGCAUGCCUCCGUCAUGGUGGAGACUCUCAGGCUGUUAUAUGUGCAUGCCUCCGUCAUGGUGGAGACUCUCAGGCUGUUAUAUGUCCAUGCCUCCGUCAUGGUGGAGACUCUCAGGCUGUUAUAUGUGCAUGCCUCCGUCAUGGUGGAGACUCUCAGGCUGUUAUAUGUGCAUGCCUCCGUCAUGGUGGAGACUCUCAGGCUGUUAUAUGUGCAUGCCUCCGUCAUGGUGGAGACUCUCAGGCUGUUAUAUGUGCAUGCCUCCGUCAUGGUGGAGACUCUCAGGCUGUUAUAUGUCCAUGCCUCCGUCAUGGUGGAGACUCUCAGGCUGUUAUAUGUGCAUGCCUCCGUCAUGGUGGAGACUCUCAGGCUGUUAUAUGUGCAUGCCUCCGUCAUGGUGGAGACUCUCAGGCUGUUAUAUGUGCAUGCCUCCGUCAUGGUGGAGGAAUGCGUGAAAAAUCUGAGUGUGGAGAGGAUAUUCUCUACUGCUGACCUGCUCUCCAGGCACCAUCGCAUGAGCCUGAAGCUACACACUCUGGCCAAACGCAUCUUUCUAAAAAAACAAGUAUUCAAAGGCACUGUAUACUGA